AAAAAGCCCCGAUUUUUCUCGACGGCAAUCCCUUCUCUCUCUCUCUCUCUCUCUCUCUCUCUCUCUCGCUCGCUCGCUCGCUCGCUCGCGCUCUCAGAGCCAUGGCGGCAGCCGUACGGACCCGUUCUUUUCGUGCUGCGACUGCCGCCUUUGCUGGCCGAUCGCCUUCCCUGGCAUCGCACCGCAGGCGGUGGUAUGAGCUCUGGUCCCUGGCACGAGCUCACGGGGUUGGUUCGCUGCAAGGUGAUCUGGUUGACCGGGCGUCGAUCGUGGCUCAGGAUGUGGCUGGAGCGGUGAGGUUGUCAUCUGGUGAGCCGCCGGAGAUCUGGCAGCAGCCUUCGGAUGCCGGGGCGACCUUCCAUUCGGCUAGCUUGCCUGGGAGGAUCAACGUGAUUAGGGUCGGAGGGGGUGGGGGCGGUGGUGGCGGUGGCGGCUCGGGGAAUUCUGGUGGCGGCGGGAAAGAGGGCUGCUGGGGUGGGGCUAGUCUCGGGAACCAGCUCCCCACGCCCAAGGAGAUAUGUAGAGGUUUGGAUAAGUUUGUGAUCGGCCAGGAGCGGGCAAAGAAGGUACUCUCUGUGGCAGUCUACAAUCAUUAUAAGAGGAUCUAUUAUGAGUCUCUGGCAAAGUGGCCUGCAGGAGAUUCAAAUAAUGGUGAAGCUAAUGCAAGUGACGGUGAGACUGUGGAGCUUGAGAAAAGCAACAUUCUUGUAAUAGGCCCAACCGGAUCAGGGAAAACAUUACUAGCAAAAACUUUGGCACGUUUUGUGAAUGUUCCAUUUGUCAUUGCUGACGCAACCACACUCACCCAGGCGGGCUAUGUUGGCGAGGAUGUGGAGUCGAUAUUGUACAAGCUUCUAAUGGCUGCUGACUUCAAUGUGGCAGCGGCGCAACAGGGCAUUGUGUACAUAGAUGAAGUUGAUAAAAUCACCAAGAAGGCAGAGAGCCUCAACAUCAGCAGAGAUGUAUCUGGCGAGGGUGUUCAACAAGCACUGUUGAAAAUGCUUGAAGGAACUGUUGUCAAUGUGCCCGAGAAAGGAGCUCGAAAGCAUCCACGAGGUGACAAUAUUCAGAUCGAUACAAAAGACAUUCUUUUCAUCUGUGGUGGUGCCUUUAUUGACUUGGAAAAAACAAUUUCAGAAAGGCGGCAAGAUUCUUCCAUUGGAUUCGGGGCACCUGUACGUUCAAACAUGAGGACAGGUGGUCUGACAAAUGCUUUUGUGACAUCAUCAUUAUUGGAAACUGUUGAGAGUGGUGAUCUUAUAGCAUAUGGCCUAAUACCUGAAUUUAUUGGGAGGUUCCCAAUCCUAGUUAGCUUAUCUGCACUCAAUGAGGAUCAACUUGUUCAGGUUCUUACAGAACCCAAAAAUGCUCUGGGAAGACAGUACAAGAAAUUGUUUCAAAUGAAUGAUGUCAAACUUCAUUUUACCAAUAAUGCUUUGCGGUUAAUUGCAAAGAAAGCAAUGGCUAAAAAUACCGGAGCUAGAGGGUUGAGAUCAAUAUUAGAGAGUGUUUUGAUGGAAGCAAUGUAUGAGAUUCCUGACAUAAAAACAGGUAAAGAUAAAAUAGAUGCUGUGGUGGUUGAUGAGGAGUCUAUUGGUUCUUCGGAUUCUCGUGGUUGUGGAGCCAAAAUCCUUUCUGGUGAGGGGGCAUUAGAACAGUACCUUUCUCGACAAGAUGGAAAACAACCAGGGAUAACUCUUGAAAAGCCGGAGGGCGAAGCUGAAGUGGAACCAGAGCUUCUUGCCUCUGGAGCUGCUAACAUGUGAAAUUUGGUAACUAUUUGUUCUGUACAUGAGUUGUGGUCUACUGCCUUUCUAGUUUGGCAGGCAUUCUAACAUUUGUUCCCAUGAUUACAUAAGAAAAUAGAAUAAUAUUUAAGUAGUUUACCAGGAUUUAUAACGAAUCAGUUAUUGAUUAAUCAAUCAUGUGCGGGCAGCUUUUGGUUUUCAUUUUAA